AUGAAGCAUCCAGGGCCUGGGUUGGAUUCCAAGACGGCUUCGACGAAGCCAAACAAUUCUUACAAGAAUUUCAGAAUAUACACCAAAUGCUUGAACCUGCAAACGCGGCUACUCACCUUGCCAGGUUUUGCGACCCAUUCCGAGGCUCUAUUUGACUCAUCCGACCCUGUGGCAUGUAUUCGCAAACUCCUUUGUUCCGGUCUUCCACUCUGCUAUCUGUUCAAUCUCUUGCCCAGCAGAAUUCACCCUCACAUUGAACUCAAUAUCACGCCUUCACCAGAUGAUGAUUAUACAAAACGUCUCGCUAUAGCGCAAUUUGCUUUGCGUGCUAAUCAAGCAUUUCAAUGUGACCAUUUCACUAUCAGCGACGUCUUGUCCUCCACAGAAUCAACAGCUGGCUUUGAAAAGGCGUUGAAUGCUGUUUCAGUAGUACUUGACCAACUGGCUUUGACUGCAAAGACGAUUCAAGGUCUUGCAAAGCCCUUGAAUUCUCACAAUGGCAGCGAAAUGCGAUACGAAAGCAACGAAUCUUUCCAGCGUUCUUUCCAGCGUACAGUAAAGAAUCUGUUGACAUCUGAGCGCGAUCAUGUUGCCAAAAUGGAAAUAUUAGAGAAUUUUUCCAGUGUUCUGGCUACUUUUGGAAUGGUGGAUCCCGAAUCUGUUUCUCUAAUCUUUCCAAAAAAGAUGUUUGUGUUUGCUCGCAAAUUUCGCAUUCAACUUGAAUGCAUUGCUCAACUUCCAUGGAAGGAACAGAAUUGGGGAGCCCCGUUUAUAUCGCAUGCUAUGGAUAUCACCAUGAAUUCAAGAAUCCAUUGCGUGAACUGGAUUCUUGUUAAACCAGCUUUAGCUGAUUUUGACAUGGAGUCUUUACAGAUUCCCAGCUUUGAAGCUACGUCUCAGGACGUGAAUUCUCUCCUUGCAGCCCCUUUAGAACGUCUAUCUGAUUAUAUCGGAUUCUUGAAGGAACUCAUCCUACUUUCUACCUUGACGACCCGCAAACACCGGUACCACGAUGAACUACUUCUUGGCGUGGCUUGUAUCCAACAAGUCAUGGACAUCAUUUCGAAAGCAAAGAAGAAAACCAUGUCAGAUCAAAUCUGCGAGGCGCUGAAGACCCGGAUCAUGGAUUGGCAGGAUUUGAGCAUUAACAGCCUAGGUCAGCUCAUCCUAGAGGACCGUCUUCUAACUCGCAGGAAUGACCUCUUGCAAAUUUUCGAUGUGUUUCUGUUUGAGAACGAACUUCUUCUUUGCGAUAAGACUCUGCCACCUCCACCGCCUAACAGCUCUAGGAUAGGCAGACGCAAGGUGUCUUCGGCUUCUAUUCCGCCCUCCAGAAAUGACACGCUUUAUAUCAAGGAUCAUAUUCCUAUACAUAACAUUACAAGUGUCACUAGAUCUGAAUUUAGGCGCGUACAAGACAAUGGUCCGCAGCUUUUCUUUGAGCUUGCUUUAUCCAUGGAAAGUCAUGUCGUGGCGUUGCUGCAUCCGGAUCACGACGGCAUGCAAAAAUGGUACCACGAGCUUCAAGGGCUUCAAGGAAAAGGCGAGUGGGGGGAUGUACAAGGGCCCUUGUCACCAGCCGUUCUAAUUCAGAGAAAACGAGCGGUCACUUACGACGGCGCUUUGGCUGACAUUCAGAAUAAUUUCCUCCCUGAAAACUCACACCUGAGUAACUACCGAUCGACGUUCGUAAAGUUGCAUUUCGGUGACAACUCUUUCGUGCUCUCAAUUCCUUUGCCUGUGGAGUAUGAAGAUCUGCUGGAACGGAUCGAUAAGAAACUACGAUAUUCUCCGGGAUGGACUAUAGACGGAAGAAUUAUCACACAUACGAAUGCAGAUGGAUAUGUAGUAUCAGUUGGACCAAGAACGCCUUUAGAGACCAUAUUCCGAGAGGGUAUAAUGGCCUCUUUACGUGUUGAAUGA